AGAUCUUUUGGCUUAUUCCUCCGACUGAAAAGAACCUCAAUAUCUAUGAGAACUGGGUGCUAUCUGGCAAACAACAAGAUGUAUUUCUUGGCGAUCAAGUGGAGAAAUGUUCGAUCAUUGAGAUGAGUGCUGGAAACACAUUCUUGAUGCCCUCAGGUAACGUGGAGGUUACGUUUGAGUUUGUUUUCCACUUCAAUCUUGUUUCCUGAGCACAAGAGUGGAACAAAUGACUUCGACACGAAAGAAAAUGCUACAGUAUGUAACGCUCAGCGAGCUCUAUAUAUAACUGGAGCGAGAAUUCGAGUCAAAAAAGUGAAGCCAAGAUUGUGGAAAUUGAAGAGAUAUUGGACGUCAGUGACCACCAUCUUCAGGCCUUAAAAUAUCUUUUACAGGGCCGUCUGACAAAAUGUCCGGUGACGUUGAGUUUGGGUCCGGUGACCUUCAGUUCAGUUUUGACUCGGAAAUAAGUUUGAAUGACACAAAUGAAUAAACGGUAAAUGUUGUAAAUAUAUUAAAUAAUUUGUUUCUUUCAUACUUAUUUUCAAGCCAAAAUUAACUUGCUUGCCAGAAAAGCAGUAUUAAAAAAGACUUCGACAACUUAAGUCCGUUUUCCACUUCACCAUUUCGCUCGCCGCCCCGCGCUUGACUACAUUAAAACAACAUUUCCAGUUCAACUUUUAUACAAUAGUACUCUGACUUUCCAUUUAACUUACAAGCCUCUAGUCCUGGGCUAGGGUACAUUUUGAUUUACGUCUGACAAAGCUACAGUUAGGUCGGACACCAAUACACUCUGGUCGGACAAACAAUAAACCUCAGUUUCACUUUGGUCGGACAGAAUGUUCGGUGGUUUCCUCUCUACGUCGGACAAUUUCACGAAUGGGUCGGACAAUGUCCGUGACCGACCGAUAUUUUAAGGCCUGUCAUCUUGGCUUCAUUUUUCUCAAAUGGCUAAAGUUCAUACUCGAGAUAUAUACAGCUAAUUCAAAAAAGGUUGACCUUUGCAAACCUUAAACUCUAAACCUUAAACCUUAAACUCUAAGCGUGCAAAACAUAGGAGGAUCAUUUAAUCAGUUUAGAAAUCCUAUAUGCUGGGGCCCAUUUCUUAGAGACACGGUAAAUAUCUCCUUACGAAAACAAUUCAUUCACAAAUAGCUGCAAUAUUCAACUACUAAGCCUGAAACUUGUACUCCCAUCAAGCUUUGCGCGCUUACAGUUUAAGGUUUAAGGUUUACAUUUUAAGGUUUGCAAAGGACAAUCUUUUUUGAACUAAAUGCAUGUAUAUAGAUAGAUCUCACUGGUUACGAUACGAUUGAAGUGGAAAAUAUGCUUUCUCUAACUUUUUUCGGUCUCUGAGUAAAUUUUUUAAAGAUGCUUCUAAUCUUCCUUGAUAACGAUAACUUCGUGACACGAUAACGAUAACGAAAGCAUCGUGUUUUAGGCUGGAUACAUGCCGUUUAUACUCCUGAAGAUAGCUUGGUGUUUGGAGGAAACUUUAUUCAUUGUUUUAACGUCGAGAGACAGCUGAGGAUUUGUGAUAUUGAAGAAAGCACAAGGGUAAAGCAGAAUAUCUUGUUAACCUACACUGCUUUGGUUUUGAUAAGGCCAAAAAAAAAUAUGUGGGUUUCCGGUUUCUUCUUAUAAAAACUUAGGUAGGGUAGGUCGAUUUUAACUUUUUUUUUAAACUUUUUUUAAAAUUUUCCUAACAACCGGACGCCAUUUUGUUUAGUCAGUGCUUCCACAUCCAAAGAUAAAUUUCCCUAAUAUUGCCUCAAAUUUCAAUUUUCCACAAACUUUUUCCUCUAAGUGGAAACACUUACAAGCAUGAUCCAAUAAAAAAGUUUAGGGUCGGGAUUUCGACGUCCAAAAGCUAGGUAGGGUCGGGAAACCGGAAACCCACAUAUUUUUUUGGCCUAAAAGGGUGUUGGUGGGUGAGUGUCUGUCAGCUCGGUGACUACAGUUCGAUUCCUCCAAUAUGUACCGCCUACCGGGGUAUCCCCCCCCCCCCCGAAAAAAGGACAGUGUUUGAUUUCAUGUAAUGUAAAUGCUGUAAAAGCUAUCACUAUGAAAUGAAGAUCAUUGCAUUCAGAAAGGACUAACUUAGAUUUAACAAAUAUAAAACAUUUUCCGUGUUGAUAUACAGUUAUAUCAACACGAGUGGAAAUUGGGAAAACGAGAAAUUGUGUGGAAACACGACGCCCGAAGGGCGGAGUGUUUUCACACAAUUUCGAGUUUUCCCAACUUCCACGAGUGUUGAUAUAACUAUAUAUCAAUACGGAAAAAAUGUUUUAUAUUUGUUUUAGAAUAUAGCAAUGUCAAAAGCCCGAAGAAUAAGAAAAAUUUCCGUGUUACAAGCGGCGGAAAAUUUCCCGUGUUGACAUGGAGUUAUAUCAACACGGCUCUUAGCCAAUCAGCGUUCAGAAUUUACAAAUGUUAUAUUAUAAUUUGAUAUAUAACACUUGAAUUUACAUGCAAUAUUGAGCGAGAUACAACCAAAAUAAAAAUAUUAUUUAACAAGUGUAACUAUACAUCGGUAAUUAUAAGGUUGAUAUUUUCUGUGUUGGUGUAAUGUACUCUGGUGAAUAAGAUGCUUGUGAUGUUACUCUGAGUGUAUAUCCACACCGGGCAGGCUUGAAAAAUAUGCCUGGCCACGGUGGGAAUCGAACCUACGAUGUUUUAUGCUAAUUUUUCGCAUUUUCAAAAAUUGUAGUUCAACGUUCAAAAAAAUCAACAGCGCAGUCAAUAUUGCAUGUAAAUUCAAGUGUUACAUAUCAAAAUCUAAGUUAGUCCUUUCUGAAUACAAUGAUCUUUAUCUCAAUGCGAUAGCUUUUAUAGCUUUAACGUUACAUGAAACAAACUGUGUCCAGUUUUUUUCGCACACCCGGUAGUCUGAUUAAAAUUUUGCCUGAAAAACUGCUUCCAAUUUGCAGGUUGCGAUAAUUCAACAUUUUUGGCCGUACCUGACUGGUACUCCGACAACUUUUGCCGCGUACCUGAUCUGGUACAAACUUAAGAGUCAAGACGUACCUAAGACUACUUCCAAGUCAUGCGUUUUUAUACCUACGUACGUAUAGUUUUAAUACUGGUCCAAAAGCAAAAAAUGUAUGGGCAAUUUUGUACAAAUGAAUCUUUAAUUAUGGUAUUUGUACAACAUAUAAUAUAACAGUUCUCAAAGCGUCGACGUUGUGACUCGAAUGCCAUCGCUCAUUUACAGUGGAUUUACCGAGGGUGCUAACUGUCUGACCUCAGCUACAUACAGUGGUGGCAGGAGCCAUAGUUAUUGCUGGAAGGGAAAUGAAAGUACGCGAAUAGUAAAUUUCCGCAUACCUACGUGGUACUUGGCUAAAAACAAAGAAGUACCAGACCAUAAAUUUGGCGUACCUCCGGUACGUUGGUACGCGAAUUAUCGCACCCUGCAAUUUGACCCACCAAAAGCGUUCUCCAAUAAGAGAUGAAUCUUCCUGGAAUUCUAGGGAGAAUAGUAAAUAGUUUAGAACUGAUAGAGCUGUUUAAUAUAGUUUAGUUUAAAUUAAACUAAGUCCAGUCUAGACAAUUGUAAUUCCAAACAAUUUUAUCCAAAACUUCACAGGUGCCGAAGAAAUUCCUCUAUCCACUACACACGGAGAUAAUGUGGUAUCUUGUUAAACAAUAUAUAACUUUGCUUGAACGCGACCAACAUGAGCGUAACAAAGAGUCUGGCACUAGUGAUGACGUCAGCGUGAACGGGACGAAGGAGAGCACUGAGGGACGGCCAAGGCGUUCUGCGAGAGAAAGGACAAAAAAUGGCGAGGAAAAUAAAGAAAACAUGGAACAGAAGGUUACUAUUAAAAUUUUAAUCAUAAUUAAGUACAUGAAAACUUUUAGAGCAAUGGACAGGGCUGUAAAUAAAUAUUUGACUUGACAGGACAUUUGUCCGAUCACUUUUAAUUUUGGUCGGACAUAACUUGAAUUUGGUCGGACAAAAACCAACAUCACUAAAUUUGGUCGGACAUAUAUACGUCACAAGAUAUAUAUAAGUAUAAGAUAUAUAUAAGAUAUAUACAAGUUUGUAUGCCAUUAAGUUAAGUAAAAUUAAAUGCUAGAUCGCCUCGUAAAUUUUAUUGCAAAAUGCAAAUUGAGUGAAUUUGCAAUCGGAUUUUGUCACAGCAAAAAAAUGUAUAAUGACAAUUUUUUUGUGAUCUGACCAAUAUCCGAUCAAAACUACUUUUGCUCGGACAUUUGGCCAAAUUUAGUCGGACAUUGUCCCAUGUCCGACAGUAAUUUGCGGCCCUGUUAGACCCUUUCCGGUAAUUACGUUACGACUACACUCUUUUCAACUUAGAACCACCUUAAAUAGAAUCGAUUUUAAGUUUGUUUCUCACGGGCUAUGGUCAGAGAAGUAGAACAUCCUUCUUCAAGGCCCCUUAGCUAGGGGUGCACCGGAUUUCAAAUCCGGCCGGAAUUCCGGCCAGAUUUAACGAAUUUUCCUGGAUCCGGCUUCCGGCCGGAUUUGGAGAAAAUCCGGCCGGAUUUAAAUUUCUGUUUUCAACUUAAAAAGUUCACCAAGAAUGGGAUAAACCAUCAAUUUGGCAGCUUUAAAGUUUAAAAAAACACUUAUAUUAUUAUAAAAUAUUAAGUUAUUAACAAAAAGAUGUUUAAAAAAGGUUUAAACACAAUCAAAAAUCUAAACUGACACUAACUAAAAAUAGUAAAAAACAUAAACCGUCAUUUUGAAUACUGAUUUAUUCACAAUUGUCCCCAUUACCGGUUUAUCUCAAAUCCGGCCGGAAUUUUUGUCCAAAUCCGGUAAAUCCGUUUCCGGCCGGAUUUGAAAAUUCCAAAUCCGGUGCACCCCUACCCUUAGCCUCGUUUUCGUGUUUAAGCUUAUUUCCACAUUUAUUGGUCAAAAUCCAAUUUUACCAAUUUUAAUAAUGAUGCUUGUGAUGUUACUCUGAGUGUAUAUCCACACCGCGGGCAAGCUUGAAAAAUAUGCCUGCCCACGGUGGGAAUCGAACCUACGACCUUUGGAAUACCAGCCCAAUGCUCUGCCAACUGAGCUACGCGGUCAGGUCGGUUCGAGUAUGUGAUAAUUCGGAACUGAGUCUAGUUCCUUCGAUAUCGAUGUAAUCAUAUUCACCUGAGUACAUUACACCAACACAGAAAAAAAUUCAUAAUUCAGUUAAUAAGUUCUUUACGGGAAUUUACUUUUUUGCGUAGAUAAAAAAUUACUAAAUUAGUCUAAAAUUAUUUUCGUCCAGCUCUGCACUCCCUAGUCCUACUGCUACUUGCAUAAAAGAUGCUCAAUGUAGUUUUAUUUCCAGGUCACAAUUAAAGUUGAAAAGAAUGCUGAUGGAUCGGAGGUGAUUAAUGGUGAUAACGAUGGUGAGGUCGUUAUAACAUCAGCGCCAAAAAAGCCCUGGAUCCCAGUGUAUCUGACGUCACGUGAGGUCCAAGGUCUGCAACUAGUUGUAAACCGGAUGAAGAAAUGGCCAAAGACAAACAUCCCGGAUGGUAUAGAAAACCCGGAUCAACUGCUCAACCGUCUUGAGGUAAUAUCAUUGAAAUGAAUAUAACUGGAACGCCACUCUCACAUAAACUGCCUAGGCCUAAAAAAAUACCUGUGGUUUCGGUUUCAUAUCACGAAAAAAUUAGGGUCGGUAGGUCGGAAAUACAUUUUUUUAAAAUAUUUAUUUAUGUUUUUUUCAAUAAUUAGUGUGACAACAGACGCCAUUUUGGCAGCAGCCCGCAACCACCCCGCAACCACCCGGAGAAAAUAGGGUUGCACAGUCAAUCGGGUUGAAAAAAUAAUAGGGUCGGCAGAAAAAAAUAGGGUCGGUCGGGAACCGGAACCACAGGUAUUUUUUCUUGAAGCCAAAUCUGAGCCCCAUACACGCAUGUCCGGUUUAGGGCUCAAAAUUUUCCGCAAAAGAUUAACAGUAAAUAGGGGGAGAAUAAUAAAAUUAUCGUUUGUCGCUGUCUUUUAGUGUUGUCGUGUGAAGCAAUAUGUAUUUAGACUGAUAAGGAAUACAAGAUAAAUCCUGAAGUAGUCGCAGUUGUUACAGUCUUACAGGAUUAAAAACAAGUUUCAGGGUUCGUAGCGGUCUUUGAAAUUCCUGAAAGUCUUUAAAUUUGAAUGCAGGUCUUUAAGGUCUUUGAAAAGUCUUUGAAUUGUGUGAAAAAGCGAAGAAAGUCUUUAAAAGUCUUUAAUUUUGGUGAGUAUUUGAUUAUACGAUUUCCUAUAGCAAAUAAAAAGAUUGAUUGAAGAGCAAGGUUUUCGCAAAUAUCGACGAAAAGGUACAUUUUAAGAUGAGAUGUGGCGGGACUAAUUACUGGGCAAAAAUGGUGCUUACGCUCGCAAUUUUUCGACACAGCUGAAGUCUCAAAGGUCUUUGAAAAGUCUUUGAAAAUAGGCAGAAAAAAUCUUUGAAUAUUUUUGGUCAUGGAGACUACGAACCCUGAAGUUUGCCACUGCAGGAUAUAUAAAAAUGUUUGAUGAAACUUUCUGAUGUAAUUUCAGUUGGGUAUUGAGUAAGUAGAUUAAUUAGGUGUUUAAUCUGAUGUCAACAAUCAGGUAUUUAAUAAUUUAGAUUUUCACAAUCGGACUAUAAAUUUUCAGAAUUAACUAUCAAACUUUAAAAAUGUGUAUGAAAAUUUGCGCAAAAACGUACCGGGUGUCCAAAAAACCCCAACUGGGGCACUGUUUGAUUUCAUGCAGGGCCGCCCAGAGGGGGGGGGGCAAAGGGGGCAAAUUGCCCCGGGCCCCGAGUUGCUGGGGGCCCCUGAAAAAUGUUUGUAGGGCCCCAGCCUUUUUUGUGUGUUAAAUAUUUCCGCGCAAAGGACAAGAUAUCUGUUUUUUGGGCUAAGUACCGAAUUUUGGCAUAAAAAAAUGAGAUCAAGUCCCUGGAAAGCAAUUGCAACGUACUCGUCUGGCAAAAUUUUGUACUCCGGAAAAAAUUUUUUACCCCUAAAAUGGUACACUGAUCGAAAAUUUUUUGGCGACGGGGGGGGGGGGGGUUUGUUAUCCGGAAAAAAAAUUUUCCGGGAAAAUUUUUUUAGAUAGGGGCCCCUAAACAAAAUUUGUCCCGGGCCCCCGCCAACCUCUGGGCGGCCCUGAUUUCAUGUAACGUAAAAGCUAUAAAAGCUAUCGCAAUGAAAUAAAGAUCAUUGCCUUCAGAAAGGACUAACUUAGAUUUUGAUAUAUAACUUGAAUUUACAUGCAAUAUUGAGCGAGAUACAACCAAAAUAAAAAUAUUAUUUCACAAGUAUAACAGUUAUAACUACAUCGGUAAUUAUAAGGUUGUUUUACGCUACUUUUUUGCAUUUUCAAAAACAGUAGUUCAACGUUCAAACAUCAAUAGCGCAGUCAAUAUUGCAUGUAAAUUCAAGUGCUAUAUAUCAAAAUCUAAGUUGGUCCUUUCUGAAUACAAUGAUCUUUAUUUCAUUGCGAUAGCAUUUAUAUAUUUUACGUUACACAAAAUCAAGCAGUGUCCAGAUUGUUUUGGGACACCCGGUAGAUCUCAAAAAAUUUCUGGGAACUGGAUUCCCAGCUCCCGAUACUUUUCCACCUCUGGGCGAAAAGGUCAUAUGGUUCGUACAAUCUCAAUUACACGGAUGACAUAACAAAUACUUGAGAAUUUCUGGCUACACGUGCAUACAUCAAAACGUUGUCGAGUUUUAUUGUUGGUUUUCUUUACACGCUAAUCAUGGACGAAGAAUUUCAGGUUCGAAGAAUAAGACCAAAGCUGACGGUCAUCAAAUUUAUUAUUAUAGUAUUAUAUCGCUAUGGCAAGGGCAAAUAUUGAAAUGAAAAUGAAUGUUGGGUGUUUGCCAAACUAUAUUGUGUUAUGUCUGGUAUGCUGUGAGAGUUGAGAAGCGAGAGUUUUCUCAACUCUCAUACUCCGGUCAACUCUAAUACUCCGGAAUUUUUGAGGGGCACCCUCAUUAACCUUUUAGUGUUAGAUUGGUGUUCACCCUCAAUAAAUAUUAUUAUUCAUUCAUUCAGUUGAUGAGAGUUGGCUGUUAAACGCGAGCGAGAGUUGUAUUAAAUCCUCGUUUCACCGAGGUUUUACAUUUUGCUUUUCGUUUAGGAAUUACUCGAGAAUCAAAUGGGCAAUGAUCCAGCAUUGACGAUAUCAGGCAUUCACUACAUGAAACAAAUCCUUGCCGUUGACGAGAUUGACGGCGUAAGUAUAAAAUGCAAGUUUCUGUUAAUGCCUAGCCUGAGCACAGGUUUUGUCGCCUUACAAUUUUCGGGUGGGAUCCAUGGAGGCCACACGAUUGUACUUGUGAAGCUGUCUCGCCCAUGGGCGGAUUUACUGGGGGGGGGGGUUAGGGAGGGUUAACCCCUGCCCUAGAAUCUCUCUAACCCCAUAAAGUGUUCAACCGCACCAAAAUUUUGCUUCACCACUCCUAUUUUGUGUGAAAGUAUUUAACCCUAAGUAUUUAACCCUAGUAUUUAACGCCUAACCUCUGUCGAAGCUCGCUCAGUUGUGCAGUUUGCACUAGACUAGAAAUUUUUCCUCCCCUCCUUUUAAAAAAAUGAAAAUCCGCUCUUGGUCUCGCCUUCAAAAUUAGCGAAUUAAAUUAUCCAAUAUUAUUUUCGUACAGGCGAGAAGAUCAAGGUCACUUCGUAAGCCUCGGAAACCCAGCACGUCGUUACGUCGACGUCGCGUGAGAUGUCGCGCGUGUGAAGCGUGUACACGCGAGGACUGCGAGGAGUGUAGAUACUGUAAAGACAUGAAGAAGUUUGGUGGACCUGGAGUGCUCAAACAGUCGUGUAUGAUGAGACAAUGCCAGGAUGUAAGUUCAGGAAGCUCCCUGCAGCAAAGGCCCAUUUCCACUGAAGAAAAUUUCCGAAAAUAUCCUGUUAAAUGUUAAAGUUGAAAAUUUCAACUUCAAAUUUUUUUCCGACGGAAAAUUUGCGUGUCGGCCAAUCGCAUUUUACAAAAUUUUUUGUAAAAAUGGGCCUUAAAGGGAAAUUUUCCUUAAUGGAGCCUUGGAAAUGGGCCUUAAAGGGAAAUUUUCUGCAGAAAGAAACUUUUGUAAAAUUUUAAUUGGGCGAAACAAAUUGUCCGUCGGAAAAAAUUUGAAAUUGAAAAUUUUCAACUUUUAACAAUGAUAUUUUUGGAAAAUUUCUGUCCGUGGAAAUUUUCAUCUUGAGUGGAAAAGGGCCUUAACACGCGGGAAAUGUGCCAGUGGUGGAAAAAUAUUUUACUUUCUGGGACGGCAAGAGAACAUUGUUAAUAAUACUUUCAGGAAUAUAACGUAAGGUAAACACAGGGCGCUUUCCAUUAACACGGCCAGACCGGUCAGAACGGUCAAAUUGUUGAAUGGAACACAAAACAUUUGCGCUUCGGACCUAUCUGACAGGAAAAUCUAGAUAACAUUAGAAUGAGGUGCAUUUUCGCUAGAUAUUUGAGAAACAUAGACCAGAUCUUUCCAUUGAUACAGAGAAAAGAAUUCAGGUCUGACCGGUCAGGCCAUUACUGUCGUUCCAAUUGAAGUGUUGCUCAAAUAUUGAUUCAAUACAUUACCUCGGGCUGACCAAUUCAUUUGAUCAAGUUCCUCGAGAUAUUCAUACACUUCCUGUGAAAGAGCCAAUUCCAAGUAUUUGAUCAUUUCUGGUCACUUCCUUUCUAUUUAUGAUUGGUUAGUUGCACAAAUAACAAAGGUGAUUGGUGCAUUCAAACUAUAUAGUGAACGAACAAACUUUAUAUUCAACAGGAAGUUUACAAUUAUACUAGGAAGUGUAUGAAUAUCUCGAGGAACUUGAUGAAAUGAAUUGGUCAGCCCGAGGUAAUGUAUUGAAUCAAUAUUUGAGCAACACUUCAAUUGGAACGACAGUAAAUGGAAAGCGUCCACAGAUGCCAAAAAAGGGCACUACUAUUACUAAAUUUUUUUGAGUGGAAAAGGGCCUUAUUAACACGCGGGAUUAUUGGGAUAUGUGCCAGAAAAAAUAUUUUACUUUCUGAGACGGCAAGAGAAUAUUGAUAAUAAUACUUUCAGGAAUAUAACGUAAGGUAAACGCAGAUGCCAAAAAAGGGCACUACUAGGGGCACUACGCAAAAGUCUUGUAACAAGUCUGCCAACAAGAUGUGUUCGCACUGCUUGUCACAAGUUGUCAACAGGUUUGGAACAACUUGUUGACAACUUGUAACAACCUUGUCGAAAUUAUCAGACUUGUUGCAAGGUUGUUCUGACAAGUCCGUGACAUGCUUGAUAUAACAAGAUUGUUAUAACCUUGUGUUGACAACCUUACAACAUCCUUGUUAUAUCAUGGUUGUAACAAACUUGUUAGCACACUCUUGUAUCAAGCUUGCCAUUACAAAUUGUCAACAGCUUGUUUCAAACUUGUUGCAACAAACUGGGAACAAGCAGUGCGAAGACAACUUGUUGACAGCUUGUGAACAGACUUGUAACAAUUUGUUUGCAGACUUGUAACAAGCUGUGCGUGUUUACGUGUGUACUAUUCUUGCUUCCCCUCACAACCUUGUUACAACUUAUUUGCAGACCACUUUCGCGUUUUCCAUGUUACGUAGAUCCACUUGUCGUACAGACUCAGUUUUCCAUCAACUUCACUCCUAAUUGCUUCCAUUCUUUUCAGCCGACAUUACCUUCCACAGCGAUGUGUAAAAUUUGUGAAGAGAAUCUCGCUGAUGAUGACGAGACCUUGAUGGAAUGUGCGUCAUGUGGCAAGAUCGUGCAUCCCACGUGUGUGCCAGCUAAGGGAUAUUUCUAUGUUGUCCCUGAUCUCAAUAACUGCUGGAAGUGUCCGGACUGUUGUGAUAAACACUCGGUAUGUAUAAAAAUGUCGUCAUAUGCAAGGAGCAAUAGACUUUAAUGUUUAUUGGUAAAUAUCAGCAAUUUGGGCACUCGAUAUAACUAAUUUGUAGAUGGGUUUUGUAGGGUGGAAAAAGUAUCGGACCACAGGACCAUUGGUCCCAGAAAAUUUUUUGAGUUCCCAGAAAAUAUUUUCCCAAGAAAGAAAAAUUGUAAUAAUUCAAAUAAAAAGAGAAAUUCAGAGGAAAAUUCACACCAUGACCUCAGAAAUGCAAUUAUAAGUGUAACCAUCUUAAUAGUGCGAUAAUGUAUAAAUGUAUUAGACUAUAGAACGAUGUAAAAAAUGUUGUAUGGCAAAUGCAUUUUUAGCUGAUCUGGGACAAACUUUUUGGGGGGAGCAUGCAUGAUCUCCCUGAUAGUGUCCCCUAAAAGUGCCCUAGCUUUUUUGGCAUCUGUAUUUACCCUUAGGAUCAGACCCUUGACGCAUGUCAUCUAAAAUUAGUUUUAUGUUAUAUUUUAAGAUUCUUAGUGAAAUAUUAUUUCCAGUGAAAUAUUUUUUCCUGUGAAAUACAGCAUGACAUCCAGUUUGACAACUUGUUAGUGUCACACAAUUACAGUGUCCAAGUGUCCAUUUACUUGACUAUUUACAGAAAAUGUUCAAUGUUCUCUUGCGGUCCCAGAAAGUAAAAUAUUUUUUCCACCCCUGGGCCCCUGAGAUCGUUUUGUACCUCCCCUUGGGAAAGUUUCAAUGUUAAAUCAAAGUGAAAAUUUGACUAAGGGUAGUACACUUCGUAAGAAAGUUUUUUGUAAAAUUGAAACAGUGAUAGCCAUUCAUCUCUGUAUCAAGUAACCUUUUAAUGCAAUGUUUCGACUAAAUUGCAUGUUAGACUAAAUUUUAAUCUAAGUAAAGAGAAGGGAAUAAAACACAACAGUUAAAAAGAACAUAAUGAAAUUAGUAAAAUUGCAAAAUUUGGUUGCGAAAUGUUGUAAAAUGGAGAAAAUAUAGUCUUGUGAAGUUUGCAUAUUUUCAGUAUAUUUGUAUUACGUGCGGAAAUUGUUACCAUUUUCGGCUCGAAAAUGGUAAUUUCCGCACGUAAUACAAACAUACUGAAAAUAUGCAAGGCUAUAUUUUCUGUAUUUUACAACAUUUCGCGACCAAAUUUAGCAAUUUUACUGAUUUUAAUAAGUUCUUUACAGGAAUUUACUUUUUUUUUUGCCUAAAUCAAAAAUUAGUCUAACAUGCAAGUUGUCUAUUGUAAUGAAGGGCACAAUUGGAUGAGUUGUACAGUCAUAAUUCAUUAAUACACUGAUACAUAUGUACACUACAUGCAUACGUCACGUCAUUGACUAUGGCCCGUUCUAAGCCCUAACUUUCCAUGGGGGUCGUGAGCUAGACCGCUGCACCUCCCCUAAAUUUUUUGCCACCUUCCCACUUUUCCCACCAAAAUCCGGCCUUGAUCUGAACCUCUCUAUUGUCUUGAUACCACGGUUCUAAACGUCCAUAAAUUAAUUUGUUUGUUUGUUUUUGUCUAGGGUGAACGUUUUAAUGGUCAAAGGUUAAAUGCAAGGAGAUCAGUAGCGGAAUUGAAGGUAAUUGUUAUCUGUAAUUGUUAUCGGUAAUUGUUAUUUGUGUUGCGUUGAAGCCUAAUAAAAUGAAACGAGUAGUUUCAACAAACAAAGUUGAAUGCACAGAAAGACAUGAUUGUGCUCACAUGAGUUUUCCAGUGAGGCCAAAAAAAGUGUGUGGGUUUCCGGUUUCCCGACCCUACCUAGCUUUUGGACGCCGAAAUCCCGACCCUAAACUUUUUUGUUGGAUCAUGUUUAUAAGUGUUUCCACUUAGAGGAAAACGUUUGCGGAAAAUGGAAAUUUGAGGCAAUAUUAGGGAAAUUUAUCUUUGGAUGUGGAAGCACUGACUAAACAAAAUGGCGUCCGGUUGUUAGGAAAAUUUUAAAAAAGGUUAAAAAAAAGUUAAAACCGACCUACCCUACCUAAGUUUUUAUAAGAAGAAAUAGGAAACCCACAUAUUUUUUUUCCUGAUCGAUUACAUCCCAUAGUCACUAUGGUUAUUUGUUUCAUUAUGUAUAGGCCAGUCAAGCCUCGGCAAAAUUGUCCCCACCUGUGAGUAUUAAAACCUCUAUUGUUCCUACAGGCUUUCUGAUACAAUAAUCAAGAUAUUUAAGUUCAGUUUUUUAUUUUUCUGAAGAUCUUAUCUUUAGCUUUGUUCGUAAAGUUACUUAUAGCAAUAUUCCCGGCCUAUUCGUAAAAUUACUUAUAGCAAUAUUCCUUUUAUAUUUUUUAAUUUUCAAGGCUAACAGAACUCCAAAACGUAAGGUAAGUUCGUAAAUUCCAAUGUGUUUUACAAAGACAGAUGAUCAUAGUUCUGUUAUUAUACUAUGCGCAUUUUCAACCUUAAAAUUUCACGGUAGUUUUUCGUAAUAGACAAUUUGCAUGUUAGACUAUAAUUUUUGAUCUAGGCAUAAAAAAGUAAAUUCCUGUAAAGAACUUAUUAAAAUUAGUAAAAUUGCGAAAUUUGGUUACGAAAUGUUGUAAAAUACGGAAAAUAUAGCCUUGCAAAGUUUGCAUAUUUUGUAUAUGUUUGUAUUACAUGCGGAAAUUGCUGCCAUUUUUGAGCCGAAAAUGGUAACAAUUUCCACACAUGUAAUACAAACAUAUACAAAAUUUGCAAACUUUGCAAGGCUAUAUUUUCCAAGCUUUACAACAUUUCGCAACCAAAUUUUGCACUUUUACUGAUUUCAUUAUGUUCUUUUUAGCUGUGGUGUUUGAUUCCCUUACAAGGCUAUAUUUUCCAAGCUUUACAACAUUUCGCAACCAAAUUUUGCAAUUUUACUGAUUUCAUUAUGUUCUUUUUAGCUGUGGUGUUUGAUUCCCUUCUCUUUACUUAGAUUAAAAUUUAGUCUAACAUGCAAGUUGUCCAUUAUUUAGCGAGACAGUGAUGAAUCAACAGCCUCUGUCGAAGGGGAUGAAGAGAUGGAGAGCAGUGGCGAUACUAGUAGUGACGAGGACAGCGCCCCCCUGGCAACCUUGGCCAAGAAACGACGUCAAUCCUCUCCCCCGGUAAUAAUACCCUUCAUCCCUCCACAGGAAAUCGCUGCGACAUACGUCAUCCGCCCCCGGCCCAGUUCUCCUCCGCCAGAGACGUUUGAACUUGAAAGCGGAAGUGUGCAUGUGAUGAAGCGUGACACGUGGCUAAAAGUGUUUGGGUAUCUUACUCAGCAUGAGUUGUCCACGUGCAUGGCCGUGUCUCGCACGUGGAACAGGUGGUGUAUGGAUAAACGAUUUUGGACUCGUAUAAAACUCUCAGUUGGGAAACCGAUCACAGCUUCGGCUUUGUACGGCGUCGUUCGGAGACAACCGCUUACCCUAGAUCUCAGUCAUACGAACAUUACCCACCAGCAGCUGGCGUGGUUCCUAAGCCGGUUGCCUAGGUUACGUGAUAUCAUCUUGGGUGCGACCACGUUCGCAACGGUCAGCGCAUUCACACGAGUCACGUGUCCUCCGCUCAAAGUCCUGGAUUUGAGUUGGUCGGAGAAGAUUACGGAUCAAGUCAUCGAAGAUUUGUUAAAGCCCUCUACGAACGGAAGACGGGAACGACCGCCAGGGCCUGGGGAGAAUACAAGUCGGCUCCGAUUUUUGACCGACCUCCGACUCGCAGGAUGCGAGAUCACCAACGUUGGCCUACGAAGUAUAAAGCGAUAUCUGGGCUGUUUAACUCGAUUGGAUCUAAGUUAUAAUAUACUUAUAACUAACCAAGGUUUGGCUGGGUUACUAGAUACCGAUUCGACUUUGCAUAAGACUAUCAAAGAAUUGAAUCUGGCUGGCUGUUCCAAUGUGUCAGGGACAUGUUUGGAAGCUCUGAGGAAGGCACCCAAGUUGGACAAGCUUGAUGUGAGGAAAUGUGUUAACGUUACUGCCGAUGCUUGCGAGUCCCUGAGCAACACAGUAUCUGUUAUACAUAGCCAGUGAAGAUCUUGAUCAGGCGUUGAUCACUAUCGAAUACCUUGGUAUUGAUUACCUUGGUUAUUGAUUACCUUGGUUAUUGAUUACCUUGGUUAUUGAUUACCUUGGUUAUUGAUUACCUUGGUAUUGAUUACCUUGUACAAUAGGGUGUACACAUAGGGUAUAUACUGUGUAUGUACCACCAUUGCACGUACGUCACCGAUCAACUUUAGAGACCUUACGAUUAUAGGACGGCAACGCGACGACGACGGCCAAAACAAACUCCUUCAAAUAAAUUGUAGUAAAGAUAAUUCGUCGUAUAUUAUCAAUCAUGUGAAUUUAAUACAGUCUUAGAAGUUGAAGACAUGGGUUUUAUGGUUGGGAAGAGUUCUGCUAAACCCAGUGUGAAGUUGCACUUGUUGCGGCUUGAAAUGCAGCCGUUUUAUCAAGACGUGAAAAUCUGUGAUUUGGCGUUGUAUAAAACAGAGCGACGACAAUGACUAAAUUAUUCAUAUAUUGUAAUUACUCAAUUCUUUUCAAUGAUUUAUUGUAUUGGUAGCCGUUGCCGUCGUAAAUCGUAAGGUCUCUUUUGUAAGUAUGUAUACAGCACCCGUUUUCAAGUGUGAAAAUCCUAACCUCGACCUUGCUAUGUUCAAUCCGCUGAUCUAUGGAUCAAUCACACGAAUUUGCUACGUGAUACGCUUAGCACUGAUACCAAGUCGCGUUUUGUGUAAUCUCGUUUUGUGGAAACGAAGUUUGGUAAUGUCUGAAUAGAGCUGCUCCCAUCGGGUCAUUAUCGUGAUCGAUUAAUUCAAAGCAAACUUCCUGACAACUUAUCCAUAAAUUUGGGAACAUUUCUUCAGAGAUCUUGUCUGGAUCGACACGAGUUCACUUCUCUGAAGUUUUGAAAUAAACAGACGUGCAGAAAUACAUUAACCAAAACAGCAGGUUAAAUUUUAACCCAGGAUUAGCGCUAAUCCACUUUUGAACAACCGGCCCCUGGUGUCGUGCUAUGCACGGCUGUUUUGCUGAUUCGAUUAUCGUUAAGAGUAAUCGAUUGCCAAAAAAACACCAAAAACCAUAAUCGAUCGGGAGCAGCUCUAGGUAUUGUGUAGCCUGUAAAUGUUACCUUGGUUUGUAGUUAGUGUUGCCACCAUGAAGCAUGGAAAGCCAUUACUUGUACAUAUGAUACCUCGGGAAAUAGUCAAUCGAGACGUGAUCUAGGAACUCAGGAAUUCAAAGUGUCUAAAAUGAGCUACGAUUUUUUAUUGACACGAUUUCACGAUGCACAAUGAAAUUUUUCUUAAUAAUAUUUCAAUAAUUACGUUGAGUGAUUCAGCGAGGCUAUUGGAUAAUUGCUUCGUUAUGCCGAAAAUUCAUUUUCAUCUUGUUUCACGCAGUUUCCAGAUUCUUCAGAUAGUAUCUUGAUUGACUCUGGUCACGACCACGAAUUUCAUUGUCCUUUUCAUGGGUUGGUUUUUGUUAGAAAACCACGUGUUACAUGUAACUUAGCAUUGUAGCCUCGUUGAUAAACAAUGAUGUAAAUUUAAGUUAAUUUUUUGUACGUUUUACCGCAAAUAAAUUAUAGUUCCAGACUGCUCGUUUUGCGUUUGUUUUCCAGAAAACUUAAAGAACAUUGUUUGCGAGACUAUAAGCCACUGAUAGUCACGCUGGCGAAAAAAAAUGUCUCUGAAUUGUCUGGUAAAUUUUUUCUAGAAACAUCUAGCAUUUUUUCUUGGAAACAUCAAAACAUUUUUUCUAGGAAUCAUAUUUUUACAAAGACCGAUUAUUUAAUAUUCCUAUCACUCAAAUAUAAAAAUAAAUCAUUUUCUCUUGUUAAAAGUCAUCGAGCGUUCUCCAGACUUCAUGUGCACCUUGGAAUUAUAUUUCCUUCCUUUCUCAUUCAACUUCUUAUACGGACUAAAAACGCCCUCUUUCCCAGCUUCGCCAUUUUCCGCUUUGCCAAAAUCUAAACUGGCAUUGUUAUAAUCGAAUGGUACAAAUUGGGAAGCGUUGGAAGUUUGUGUAUUAGUUUCUGCUUUGUUGAGCUUUUUCUUCCCUUUUUUCUUGUGCUUUUUGACUCUUAAUGCGCCUUCAGUUUCAUCUUCGUCCCCGCUUGCAUCUGAAUUAUCUUGCUUUCGCUUUUUGCUCUGUUUAGCAGAACCAUUCGCAUUACCGUCGACCACAGUUUUGGUAUAGCGUUCGCUCGCCUUCGUAUACCGAUGGGCUACUUCAACUACGUCAUCAUCGGAAACCUUCGAACUAGUCUCGCCUUCCGUUGCAACUUCGGAAAUAUUCGUUUCAUCUUUGUUCUUAGAAAUGUCAGUGGAAAUUUCACUAAAUUUCUUGGCAGGUAAAAAUUUCUGAAAAGGAUUCUUAAAAGAGUCCUCUAUACGUUUGGCCUUCGUUUCACCCUCGGUGAGUUGUGUGGUGGUUUCUUGGUAGAUAAAUAACCUAACCAUUGGUUGUUGGGCUAGCUCUAGGGUAGGGCCUGUGAUGGGGUGGUCUUUGAAGGGGGUUGAAGGUUCACGUUUUAUGUUUGCAUCUGUGAAAAAAGAAAUAUAGAAUGAAUAAGU